UUUGUGUAACUCGACAUAAAAGAAGUGACAACAGCAAGCAGGUCCAACUCGCGCUGCCGAUUUAUUAUAAUGAUGUUCACAGAACGGGUUCCGAUUGGCUGUAGUGGCCCCCUGCACACAUGCAGUGCAGCGACCGCUUCGAGAUAGGGCGGACUUGGCUUUAUAAGGUUUAUAGCCCUCUCCUCGCCAGAGUGGAACAAACAUUUGUCAAGCGGUUUGAUUAAUUAAUAUUGGAGAACCAUUCGGGUACAUGUGCAGCAAUGACAUACAAGUAAUAACGGCAGUACUUUGAAUGUAUUAAGUAUGUUAUUUUCAGUCAGAUGCAGUAAUGCUACAUUGACAUUGCUUUUUUUAAAUGCAGUCGGAGGAUUUAUGACAACGACGAGAAGAUUUUGAACAACGACAAAAUUCGUGUACUCCCUGGAAGAAAGACAUAUUAGUGAUAAGCCAUUUCAAGAUUUUGACAGGAACAGCAGACGCCGAUAAUAUUAGGCGAUGCAACAUUCACCUGUGAACUCUUAGCAGGACAAGAAAUACCUCGUUUUGGAUUGGAAAGCUGCUUAAUACAAUCUGAAACUUCACUGAUCCCUUAACAUUAAUUUUAAUCUGAAAAAAAAUAUGUAUAUAUGACAAGCUCAUCAAAUAAUUCUGCUGCUGAUCAUCUGUUUGACUAUCAACCCUAGAAUGACCAAAGUGGAGAGGAAAGGUAUCCCGCUGAGGAGGUCCUCUGCAGAAGACCAAGUCAAUGGGUCAAUGGUCAAUAUGUUGGCUCACUCCUUCAGCUCCAGCGCAGUCCCUGACCUCAUGAAGGCCAAGAGUUCUGUACAGUUUUCCAGAGAGAACAGUUUCAGGAGGACCACUGAAACAGAAGUCUUUGAUGAUGGAACCAACACAUUUUUCUGGAGGGCCCACACAGUGACAGUGCUGUUCAUUCUGACGUGUGCACUGGGGUAUGUGACACUGUUGGAAGAAACACCUCAGGACACUGCCUACAACACCAAGAGAGGGAUUGUUGCCAGCAUCUUGGUGUUCUUGUGCUUUGGAGUAACGCAGGCUAAAGACGGACCUUUCUCAAGACCCCAUCCAGCUUACUGGAGAUUCUGGCUGUGCGUCAGCGUGGUGUAUGAGCUCUUCCUCAUCUUUAUCCUCUUUCAGACUGUGCACGAUGGCAGACAGUUUAUGAAGUUUAUUGACCCCAAGUUGGGUGUACCACUGCCUGAGAAGGGUUAUGGAGGAAACUGCCUUCUCUACGAUCCGGGGGACAAAACAGACCCUUUUCACAAUAUCUGGGACAAGAUGGAUGGCUUUGUUCCAGCACAUUUUAUUGGCUGGUACAUAAAGACUCUGGUGAUCCGUGAUUGGUGGAUGUGUAUGAUCAUUAGUGUCAUGUUCGAGUUCCUGGAAUACAGCCUGGAGCAUCAGCUGCCAAACUUCAGCGAGUGUUGGUGGGACCAUUGGUUGAUGGACGUGGUUUUCUGCAAUGGCUUUGGGAUUUACUGUGGCAUGAAGACCCUGGAGUGGCUCUCAAUGAAGACCUAUCAGUGGCAGGGACUGUGGAACAUUCCAACAUACAAGGGAAAAAUCAAAAGAAUUGCAUUCCAGUUUACACCCUACAGCUGGGUGAAGUUCGAGUGGAAACCAGCCUCCAAUCUGCGCAGGUGGCUGGCUGUGUGUGGCAUCAUAUUUGUGUUCUUGCUGGCAGAGCUGAACACAUUCUACCUGAAGUUUGUGCUGUGGAUGCCUCCGGAGCACUGUCUGGUGUUGCUGCGUUUAGUUUUCUUUGUCAACGUGGGAGGAGUGGCCAUGCGAGAGAUUUACGACUUCAUGGACGAUCCGAAAUUCUAUAAGAAGUUGGGACAGCAGGCCUGGAUGGUGGCGGCCAUCACGGUGACAGAGUUUUUGAUUGUGGUGAAAUACGACCCCAACACCCUCAUGCUGCCCCUCCCCUUCCACGUCACCCAGUGCUGGAUUCUGGGAAUCCUUGUCAUCCUCACCUGGACCAUAUGGAGGUUCUUCAUCCGGGACAUCACGCUGCGAUACAAAGAGACGCGGCGGCAGAAGCAGGAGAGCACGAGUGAGCAAGAGAAACCCCUGAGCGAUGGCAGCGAGAAUCCGGCAGCGCGCGGCAAGCAGAACAGAGAGGGGUUGCGGCACAGGAAAUCUUGAGCAGCAGGACAAUCUGGCUUUCACUGUUACUACCACUUCUACUGCUACCUUCAAAAAGGGUUUUAACAAUGAUGUUCAAGACAUUUUCCCAUUUUUCUAAAACAGAAUGAAUCCUAAAUAUUUUGUUAAAAAUGUAAAUGGCUGCUGUAUCCCGUGUACGGUACAGCACAAAAUGACUAGCUAAUGGUACAUCUCUGAGACACUGCAACACACAGUGUUUAUGUUCAUGGUGUAGCCCCUGAUGGUUUUUUAAAAUCUAUGUAUUAGCCUGCUAAUGUCACUCCCCUUCAUUUUGAACAUUAACAACCAAAUAGAGGUCAAUUGAAGAGCAGCCCUCUACUCCAUGUUGGUCCGCAUCUUUUAGCAGUUGAAAUUAGAGUUCCACUCCACUGUGCAGUCCUGUUUUUCUUUUGGGGGGGGCUCUUAAUGCAUGCAGACCAACAUGGAGGAGUGUUGAUGGUGUGUUCAAUAAACUUAUUAGACAUGACAGGUUGAACAGUGAUCAGAGGGGAAGUGAAAGGAAGCUUCUCAAACAGAGGUACAUAGAUUUUUAAAACUGUGAUUUAAUACACCUUUAAAACUGGAAUAGAUUGAAAGGGGUGAUAUACUCUGUCUGACCACUCAUUAGAAGUACUUCUGUUACCUGAACACGUGGGUGAUUGGUAGAGCAGUUAUACUGCGUACUGGUUCCUUGCUUGUUUUUUGACGUCCUUAUUGCUAAUGAUGUGGAUGGUGCAACAGUUUUGGGUGAUGUCAAGUUUCUGACAACUUGACAACAUUCUCUUGUGCCAUCAGUUAUUUUUAAAAUAUGUUGUUUUCUGUGUUGCCAUGCUGCUUCUGACUAGCUCUCAGUUAAGAUUAAGACUCCGUUUUGAGCAGCUUGGUGUGCAACUUAAAGAUGGUGUUUUUGAAAUCAGGUUUCUAGUGCUGGCUUUGGUACCACUUUCUGUGUUCUUGUUUAGUUCCACUUUUUUAUUGAUUUGAUCAACAGCUGGAGCACUGGCAAAUGAGCACCUAUCAGUGGUUAUACCAGGAUUACUCCUAGAAAUAAGUGGUUGCUGUAACAUGCUUCUAAAAAUCAGAGUAUAGGUUGAUCAAAUCAAGUCACAAUAUACAGAAUGCUGGCCAAAUGUUAUAUGUAUGUAUACAAGCCAUCAAAUGCCAAAUAGGGUUUCUAUUUUUAAUACAGGUAUGCACCAAGUUCUCUUCACAGGUGUUGCAAAGAAGUACACAAUCUGUGCAAAUGGUACCGAAGCUAGUACAGGAUAUGACAUUUGAUUUUAAAUUCAUAAGAACUGCACUUAUUAGGGAAAUUGUGGAGGAAAAAAAAUGUCAUGGGUUCUAAUAAGGUGGCAAGGCAGUGUAUAUCAUUAUUUUGUGUGUUUUUAAGGUCAUAUAAAAUAAAAAAAAAUACUUGAGGGCUGUUAUGUUUUAGCUUUUACCCCAGUAUCAGUAGGCUGGUGGCAACUGGCCUUGCAUUUGUGUUCCAAGUUGCCAUGAGAAUGGGAAAGCUGUCUGUGUCUGCAGUACUGUAAGGAGGGGAGGAGAUAGGAGGAGGGGGGGAGGUGGGGGGUAUUUAGCAGGUGUUGUUUUAAGGUGGAAGUGCAUAAAAUAACAUUCGCACAAGGUCUAAAUUUAACUGGGAAUUAUUUAACUGUGAAUUAUCUAAAUGGAGAAAUUGUACCAUUUCUGAACUCGGAUAGGGACAUUGAUUUAAAAUAAUAAUAUAAUCAAUAAUAAUGUAAUAUUUUGAUGCCAGGUAGUGCUAUGCGCCAAGUUGGGGGGGGGGGGGGGGGGUGGUAAGUUAAAGGUAAACACUAACACCUUAAAGGGGAAAGUGAUAUUGCUUUGGUGAAAUCUGUUUCCACUAAUAAGUAAUAUCUUGAAGUAUGUUAAAUUCAAGGUAAGCUAGGAUUUUGUUUUCUGUUUGUUGCAAAUUCUGAAUCAGCUCUGCACUAGUCCUGCACUAACCCCUAAAAGAAUGUGAAGUGCGCUGUGGUUUUAUUAAUUAUCUCCUUCUUGUCUUCAAAUAGAAUAACAACUUACUUAGAAAGAUACAAGUUAAAGUUCAGAUUGCACUUAAAAAGGAUUCAGAAGGCAUUCAAUAAAGAUUAUUUAUGUUCUAGAGAUGGAUGCCAAAGUUAUUCUUUUGACAUGUAAAAUGCAUGCCAGGGAAGCAAAAUAGUAUGCAAAUGAAUGCAUUUAUAACGAUAAAUACAUUAAUCCAUACUUAACAAAUAGUACAUCCAAUUUGAUUGUAUAUCCAAAAAUGGCAAAAGAAUGCAUAGCAGGAAUGGUUUGAUGAAUGCUGCUGCCUGUUGAGAUCAAUAAAACAGACCUUGCUGUAUAUAUGUCAUGUCACAGAUAGCCUAUUAAACACAAAGUAGGGAGAAAGAUUAGCCUUAUAGCAGAAUCCGCUCCUCCCUUUUAUACAACUUUAUAUAUAAAUAUUUUAUGUUUGGUUUCCCCACAUAGUCAACAGUUACAGUUUAUAACCAGACUUGCUGAUUUGCAUAUUUUAUGUUGAUUUUGAUGUUUUAAAAUUGAACAUGUAUACUCUAGCUUGGGGCUAGAUUUUUUUUUAUAACACCUUUUGAAACAAAUAUUUUUUUUAUGGAUUAUCAGUUACAUACUGUAUAUCUUACUAGAUUUAUAACCUCAUUUAAAGGACUCAAAUCUAAUAAAUUGGUAGAUAUUGCCUUGAAUGCUCAGUUUGUCUUGAAAUAAACGUUCAUUAAAAUAUUUUAUAGUACAGCCAACAAGAGAUUCUUAAUCAAUUGCUUUAUUUCACGAGGAACGAUUUUCAGUUUGUCCCAUGCUUUACCUGCAUGCUUUCCUGGUUGCUGGAAUUACCAGGUGCCUACAUGCUUUUUGAUUUUUAAGAAUUCUCCUCUGCUACAAAAAAUAUAUAACUGUGCUUUUCAUAACCAAUAAUUUAAUGGCAAACCUAUAGUAAAAUUCACGUAAUUUAUGGUAAGAUUUAUUCAAUAAAUGUAUCUGCUUUUAAUUAACAUGUAUAAGCUGUGCUCUGCUGUAAAACCAAGAGAUUUGAAGUGACCUGUACCUAGAACGGGAUAGAAAAUAUAAAUCUGGAAGUAAAAAUGUACCUGUUAAAAAUUAUACAUUUUAAUUCUUGGGAAAACUAUACAAUUUUAUUAUACCAAUAUACAUUUUUUUUAUGAAAUGGUUUUCCUAAAAUAAUCAAAUGCCUAAUAUAAACUACUGGAAAGGCUGUGCUCAAACUAGAACAAGCAUGUAUAACAUAUAAAUAGGCUGCUAGAGUGCCGAACUAAAGAUGGGCAAUCAAAUAGUUUUCCAUAAGAUAGCAGUCUGUACUGGAUAGUAAGAUACUAUAUGUGAUACACAGUGCUGCUUUUAAAAGAAAUCAUUUUAAUCAUGUAUAGCAAACCUGAGUAUAGUCCAUUGAAAUUCUUAGGUAUAGUCCCUUUUAAAUUAAUCGAAACUGCUUGACUGCGUCAUAUUUAAACAAUAUAUUGCACACUACACAGCUGGAAUCUAAGAUUAUAGUUAUAUAGGUGUGUCAGAUUUAUUAUACCAGGAUACCAAAAUAUUUGCAAUAUUUCAGUUUUCAGGUUGAAGCCAUCACAAAGGCACCUUGUUAAGUGGGAUUAAAUGGAAAGCAUACAACUGAACCUUUUGUGUGUCAAAAUGUCAAACCAUUCCUAUCAGUAUGUAACCUUGGAGUUGAGCUAGCUGUCAAGCAUUUUACAGCAUUCAGGAAUUAUCCUAUCUUUUGGUUAUCCCAGGAUAAUCCUUAAAAAUAAAUUGUUGAAGCCAUCCAAGUUCUGUAAAAUGCUGUAACAAAAUCCAGCUGUGGUUUAUCCCGGUAUAAGUUGAUCAAAUCAGUGCGAGUAAGAACCUUGCUGUCAAACAUUACAGUUAAACUCACAUUCUUGGUUUAAACACAGUCAGGUUUAUCACUGCAGUACUUGCAUGAUGGCUUCAAUUAUUCACCGUGCACCAAAAAUGAGUGAAAUUCAACCACCAAAGUUACUGAUGUAUAAUGCUGCGUUCAUUAUUACUUUGAGAACAAGUACUUAUACACAUCUCAUGGUUCAUUUCCUAACUUUCCUAACUUUUUAUUGUCUAAUUUAAUUUAUAUAUUAGUGUAACUGGAUUUAUAUUUUCAUUUACUAAAUAUUUUCUAGCAAACCACAAGCAUGGGGAGGGGGAUAGAUGUAUAUAAAUUUGCACCUCAGUGCUUAAAGUUAAAUACAGUACUCUUGGCAUUCAUGGUGAUAUAAAUAGCUGUGUCAAAAUAUAUCUUUUUUUUUUCUGGGUUCAGUUCUGUUUUAACUGCUGUGAAGGGUGUAAUUCUCUGCAAAGUAUUGUGAAUAAUCUAGAUCUGUCUGCCUAUCCUCAAUAUUAUGUAUAAUGUUACACGUUCUAUGAAUAUGAUAUUGUUGUUUGAAAUGCCAGUAUGCCUCUUUUGAUGUAACUUAGGAAAUGCAUUCUGCCAUGUUUACUAUUGAAUGUAAUCCGAGUCAGUUUAAAUUGUACAGGCCCAGGGCAUUUUUAGCUGACGAGACUACUUGGAUGCUGCUUAUCAAACAAUAAUUUGAAAUGCAUUUAAUAUCUGUUGGAACUUUUCUGACUUGAUAUACCAAUAGGCUGUAGUUGUUUAUAUUUCAGAGCCUUAGGUAAAUCCUAAGAAAGCAUAGCAGACGAGCACUUUGUAGUUGAAACCUUUGUCUUCUUGACUUUACAUUAAUAUUCAGGUGCCUACUUGUGCUUACUAAAGAAAGUCAAUCUCAUAACUUCAGACACCCUUGUCUAUCUUGAAAAAAUGCCCCUUUCCUAACCUUUUAGACUGACUCGCUCAGCAAAAAAAAAAAAAAAAAAAUCACUUUAGAAGAAGUCUAUGGUCUUAUUUAUAUAAGUAAAUGAACAAAGUCUACGUCUUGCAUCAAAACUGUAUGAAAGUCUCUUUAUUAAAAAAAAAAGAAAAAGAUUUGGUAAGCUUAUCAGUGCCGCACAAGGGGUCUCAAAUGUCUUCUGUGAUGCUCAAAAUCUUUGUUUAUCUGGAUCAUGCUCCCUCCUGCAACAAUUUUGUUGCACUGGUUUGAAAUGAAACUCAAAAACAACCAAAACUGCAGUACUUUUAAGUUGCUGCAUUACCCUCGAGCAAUCCGUCAUUGAGAAGCAAAUCUGAAUCUCCUGUGUUUUUCCAUCGGUAACAUAUUCCAUUUUCUUCUGGUCUCAGAGCGUUGAGAGUUCCCUAAAUAGCUACUUUAUUUUAGGAAAUGCUGCAGUAGCAAAGCAGUGAAAUGGAGUUAAACUAAUAUGAAAAAAAAAGAAAACGAAGAUGCAAAUGACUAACAACAUGUUGACCUGUUUUUGUUGUAAUUUUUUGGGCAUUGAGUUAAUAAACAAACGGGGUCUA